GGCCCAUCGCUCAGCUAUAUAAACGGAGAAGACUUGGUCCCUUUCCCCCGCGCAGGAGGUUCUUAUUUUCCCGAGCAAAGCGAAGAACGACCGCAGGAGAAGGAAGAAUCAAGAGAGCGACCACCGGAAUAAGAAGAUGAUUAUUCCAGUCCGUUGCUUCACUUGCGGCAAGGUGAUUGGGCACAAAUGGGAUACUUACCUCGAUCUUCUUCAAGCUGAUUACACUGAAGGGGAUGCACUUGAUGCAUUGGGGUUGGUCCGUUAUUGUUGCAGACGGAUGCUAAUGACCCAUGUUGACCUCAUUGAGAAGCUUCUGAACUACAAUAGUAACUCAGUUUCUCACUCUAACUAAUGCAUGGGUGCUUGCUUUUUUGUGCAUAUUACUCAUUGAGAAUGUGCUAGCUCAUGCAUGUUGUAAUAUCAGCCUGAGCUUCUGUUCUUCUGGUCCAUGGCCGAACCAAAUUGUAUUGGUGAGCUAGUUGCCUAUAUUCUUAUCCUGGACACAAAAUCCUUACCAUCUCGGAUUUACUUGGUAGUCGGCUGGUUUGACCCUGCCAUUUGUUCCUAAAGGCUAAAACAGAUUGGCAGACGCUCCGAAUAAUACCUAAGUUUGGAGCAUUAUGGCAAGUAAAAAGGUCCCAAAAUUUCGUGUGAAUCCAUGCCAUCUGGGAACUAGAUGAUUAUUUGAUUAUUGUGUGGUUUAAACCUGCUGUUGGUUGAAUAUCACUAACACUCCAAUUAAUGUGUAGCAUCGAAUCAUUAUUCAUCACGUAACUGGGUUUCUGUUUUGUUUGUGUAAAAUGGCAACUAAUUUCAACUUUUAUUCCUCUUCUUUCCACUGACGAAUUACCCUUUGUUGCUGCAGCUCUGGAGAAAAGCGAGGGCACUUAAAGUCGGGACAUUGAGGGGGAGUUCAAUGGAGGUACAUGAGCAGUUUUGCAACAGCGUAGAAGUUAGAAGGCUAAAAUGAAUGGACGAUGGUGGAGACAUGAGCAUUUGGUGAAGUGUGUUUGUGAAUUGGGGUCACCUGUGUUGUACUCCUUGUAACGAACCUGUACUCUGAGAUUUUUGUGGUGACAAAACAGUUCUAAAAUCUGUCAGUUAAUGUUGAGAUGAUUGUAUGGUGAUCCGUUUACUUGACUGCCGACGUUUACAACUUUACUUCAAACAUCGCCGUUACUUGCCGAUCUCUGACCUACUACCGAACCCGGCCACCAGCUGUUAUUGACCCUGAAGGGAAAGCACAAACAACAAAUCGUUGCGUUGCGUUGAGUGUAUAUAUCGCCACGAGUCUCUUCUCUCUCUGGCGGAGCGGUGGCUCGACACGACCUUGUUUCGGAAUUUGUAGAUCCGAAUCCCCGGACCAUUGCAAUCUUCUGUAACUUCCUUAUAGCACCCCUAUUUCCCGCAUCUGUCUCUCUCUAGAAAGCUCGUUUCUUUUUCUUUCUUCAACGGCAACUGAGCACAGAAGAACCCUAGUCAACAACUAGCAUGGGCCCGGCCAGUUGGCCGGAGGAAGGUGAGGUAUGAAAUUUUAUAAUGUAAUGGGGUGUAUAGCUUAUUGUUGUAUAAUUUUUUUUGGGAAACUCGUGAUAAAAAUAGUGAAUUUUAGCAGGAAAGAGACAUGAAUGAUGCAAUGGAUCAAAAAUCGGCCUUAUGAACCAAAAUCAAGUACAUGUUACCUUGUGAAACAAUAUUGUUUCUGGUAAUAUGAUGAGGUGUAGUAAGUUUUAUAUAAACCGAAUUCCAGAAAAUUGAAUAAAAAAUCGCCUAUCCCGUCGGUUUUCGGGAAAUGAGUAUCUCACAAUUGUUGCUAGCUUUUACUCAGCCCGUUGGUCGAUUAAUUUGCUUUAUAAGACUUUCAUCUUCUCGUCACUGUGCUUUCUGAUUUUUGUCAGGCCAUGAUAAAAUCUAAGGAAAUCAAGAACGAACAACACGAUUUGGGAUAGGAACCUCCGUUUCGUAUGCCUAGAAAAUUGUGGUCAACACAGGCUCACCUGCCAAACUGGUUUGGAUUGAGAUUUUUAUCGGGUAUCGGGGAAGCAUGUGAUUAUAAAUUAGACUUGAUUAAAACGGGCCAAAACUUGAAAUUUAUCAUGUUUGAGUGACCCAUGCCAAAUUCUAAUUAUUCUUUACUUUUAAACUUUCUAUUUGAAAAUAAAAAAUAGUGAAAGAAAAGAGAUGACUGCAUUUCGCCAUUUGCACAUCACUUCUUCGGGAAUAAAACCAUAGAAAUUCA